CAUUCCACAGACGCGAGGAAUGACAUGCUGACAUUUCGCUUUCAACAAACACAAAGGAUUACUUUACUCAUUGAGUAAUGUAAUUUUAUGGACUGUACUUUUCCUCAUGACUUGGACUAGUGACUGACUUUAAAUAGGCGGGGUGUGAAGAUACGCUACAUAAAAACAACAGGUAACGAUGUAAAGACCAGUUGCGUCACUGGUGGAUGGCGAAAGUCCUUCAAAAUGGGCAACUGGAUAAUUAACCAUGGACUGUCAUCCUUCAUACUGGUGGUCUGGAUGGCCAUCAAUAUAUUCCUGUUCCUCUGGUUCUAUUUCUUCUACGACUUGGGGGAUCAGUUUUUCUACACACGCCACAUUUUAGGGUCUGCAUUGGCCUGGGCCAGAGCCCCUGCAGCCGUCCUCAACUUCAACUGCCUGCUGAUUCUGCUGCCCGUGUGUCGUAACCUGCUGUCUCUCAUUCGAGGUUCCUUCAUGUGCUGUGGGCGAACUAUGAGAAAACAGCUGGACAAAAAUAUCAGUUUCCACAAGCUGGUGGCCUACAUGAUUGGGCUGAUGACAGCUGUUCACACCAUUGCCCAUUUCCUGAAUGUGGAGUGGUACUAUAAUAGCAGGCUUGGGAAGUAUGAUGACCUCAGCAUGGCCCUUUCCAGCCUGGAUGACUCAGGAAACACCACCUUCCUGAACCCAAUCCGUUCUACAACCACUACGCCGACUCUCCUGGUGUUCACCAGCGUCGCGGGGAUCACAGGCGUAAUCAUCACGCUGUCACUCAUCCUCAUAAUCACCUCAUCCAUGGAGGUCAUCAGGCGCAGCUACUUCGAGGUCUUCUGGUUCACACACCACCUUUUCAUCGUCUUCUUCGCUGGGCUGGUCAUCCAUGGAGCCGGACGCAUUGUGCGAAGUCAGACCACCACCAAUCCACCACAUAAUGCCACCUUCUGUAAAGAUCGAAUAGAUGACUGGGGGAAGAUUCAGGAGUGUCCCGUUCCCCAGUUUGCAGGGGGGUUCCCACAGACCUGGAUGUGGGUGAUCGGUCCCAUGAUCCUCUACGUGUGCGAACGCUUGCUGCGCUUCAUCCGCUACAUGCAGACCGUCAAAUACAGAAAGAUAGUUAUUCGACCAUCCAAAGUGUUGGAGCUGCAGCUGGUGAAGAACGGUUUCAAGAUGGACGUGGGUCAGUAUGUCUUCCUCAACUGCCCAGCCAUCUCCCAGCUGGAGUGGCACCCCUUCACCAUGACCUCGGCCCCCGAGGAGGACUUCUUCAGUGUGCACAUCCGCUCCGUGGGCGACUGGACCCAGAAACUCAUCAGCAUUGUGGAGCAGCUUCCUGAGGGGGCUGAGGGACCCAAAAUGGGUGUAGAUGGACCGUUUGGUACGGCCAGUGAGGAUGUGUUUGACUACGAGGUUGCCAUGCUGGUUGGCGCUGGCAUUGGAGUCACCCCCUUCGCCUCCAUCCUCAAGUCCAUCUGGUACAAAUUCAAAGACUCCAACCCAAAGCUACGCACCAGAAAGAUCUACUUCUAUUGGUUGUGCAGAGAGACGCAUGCCUUUGAGUGGUUUGCAGAUCUGCUGCAGCUGCUGGAGAGGGAGAUGGAGGAAAGAGGCAUGGGAAGCUUCCUCACCUACAAACUCUACCUCACUGGAUGGGAUCAGAGCCAUGCAAACCAUGUGAUGGUUCAUGCCGAUGCGGACACAGAUGUGGUCACUGGUUUGAAGCAGAAAACAAACUAUGGCAGGCCCAACUGGGAUAAGGAGUUUGAACAAGUACGCAAAGAGAAUCCGACGUCAGUGGUGGGCACAUUCUUGUGUGGCCCUGCAGUCUUAGCUACUGUCUUGUCAAAGAAAUGUGUCAAAUACACGGAUGUCGAUCCCCGAAAGACCAAAUUCUACUUCAACAAGGAGAACUUCUGAGCAAAACAAUGUCUAAUUUGCUCCUCUUGAAGAAAAGCUGGAUCUUUGGUUUUCCAAAAUAUUGGCAACAGAGAUUUUUUUAGACCAUUCAUCUGAACACAAUGGACGAUGACCGAUCCUGGUAGGUUGUCUAAUAUUUAUUUCACAUAGGAUUCAGCUCCAUCUUUACCACGUAUCUUGUCGGCAUUCAUAUUUUAUUAUAGGAAUUACUUAGGCAGCAACUGAGCAAGAGACAUUCAACUUUGACCAGGUUGUUGCGACCAUUGUCAUGAUAACCUGGUGCAGCAGGCAGCAUUGAGCUCGCCAGUUUGUAGUGUAAGCAUCUGCUUGGCAUUUCCACGCCCAGUGGCUAGCAGUGGGAGAAGAUGGAAUGAGAUGGAUUUUGUCUGAAAUUCUCUUGCAUUUUCACAUCGAUGAAACAUUUGAUCUCAACACAGUUUUAUGUUCCAAAAAGAUAAUCUGUUACGAACUGAGUGGACUAAGUUUAGUAGAUUUUACCCUUUGCCAAAGUUGUAAAAAUGGUGUUGUUUAGAAGGAGGACAAAAGGUGAAUUGAGUUAUUGCACACACGCACUUCAGAGUAGGCGUUCCCUAACGGAAAUAUGCAAAUGUUUGUUAGAACGCACCAAUAGGAUCUCACUAGCUCGUGCUUGGCUCUGCCCACCUCCUUCCUUGUUCUGCCCACUAUGACUAAUUUGUUCCCAUUGGAAAUGACAGGCUGUGGUCCAUCUUGGGUUAGUUUAAAAAAUCUUUGUUAAACUUCUGGUUCAUUCAGUCAUUCCUUUGGGCGAAAUUGAUGGAGAAAGAAUAGGGUUUUGGGAUAAAUGCCAAAAAUGAGGUUUGAGGUUAACACAGGCUUAGAAGAUCUUAUACAUUUUGUUCUAUGAUAUAUCAGUCAGUUAUCAGUCAGUUAACAUGACCUUUAUACAUCUUGCAGCCUUAAUGUGCUUUGUCAUAAUUUUUAUUACAUAAAUGCUUCAAAAUUUACAAAAACAUAUGUUUGCUGAUGAAGAUUAUCUCAUAGAACAAAAUGUACAAGAUCUCAUAAGCCUGUGUUUACCACAGACCUGAUUUUCAGCAUUUAUCCCCCCCAAAACAUUUCCCCAUGGGUGUUUUCCAACGAGCCAUGGUGGACUCAGCCUCUGUUAAUGCCUACAAAAGACACCACUACUAUUGCGCUCUAUUGAUCCAUUUCUUCGAUAGGACAAACUGCAGUGCACUGCUUUCAUUUGUUCACAUUCACAAACAGCAGUGGUGGAAAAGGUACCCAAUUGUCAUACUUGAGUAAAAGUAAAGAGAUCUUAAUUAAUAGAAAAUGGCUU